GGGGCUUAAUCCUAUCUUAAAUGUGUAUCCAGAGGACUAGAUACUGUACUCACUUGAAUUUCAGGUCCUAUGGUGGUUCAGAAAGUUUGGUUAACACAUACUUUGAAUCCUUAUGCUGUAACUACUAUACAGCAUAUAAGAAAGGGGCCCUUGAUUCAAACUGCCUGGGUUAUAGGGGUUAUAGUCACAGCCACAUCGAAUCCUAGCUGUGAGGACUUGGGUAGGUCACUCUGCAUCUCUAAAAGUCAGGUUGUCCAUCAGUAAAAUGGAUGUAAUAAGAGAGCUUACUUAAAGGGUUGUUGUGUGGAUUAAAGAAGUGUAUAAAAGCUAAUGUGUAUAAUGACUGUUUCAGGGAUUUCCCUCUUGGAUAAUUGAAACAGUGAUGUCCACCUCCUCUGUCCCCAACAUGCUGUGUCCCAAAGGGCUCAGUUAGCCCUAUAGGCAGCAAGUUCAUAUUUCCUGCUGCUCCUGCAUUAACUGGUCAGAAAUACUCUAAUAAUCCCAAAUGUCCAGGGAGGCUAAGUUGCACUGUCUGCAGUGUUUAAGGGAAUUCCUGAAGCAAGUUCCAUCAUGUUGGAAAGAGGCUUAGUGGGGAGAGUCCCAGGAGCCAUAAGGACAAGAAUCAACUCCUUCACUGUUGGCACCGAGCAGCAAGGUACAGAAUUCCAUAGGAGAAAGGAAGCUGCUGAAGCAGACAGCCCCAGGAGCAAUGGGCCCGAUGGGCUCUCCACUCUGGACAUUGUUCCCAGGCUUUGGCAUGAUUCCCACAACAUGCCUGUUGGCUCUUUUUAAAUAAACUGCUCUCACCCUUCCCCAGGGCCCUCAUUUUAGUUUCUCAAUCACAAAACAGCUGACCCCACCCCUCUCUCACUCCAGAGGAAAUUAAACUGUCGACUAUUUAGCUGCAUCCUGUCCAGAGACUUAUUUUGUUUGUCCUUUAUAGGUUUAAGAAGUUCAGAUCCAACUUUAAAAAUAGGCAGAUUUUACCUUCAAGUCUGAAUUUCUCCUGCUGAGGAGGGCAAAAGCAAAACAAAACAAAACUCUCAGAACUUUCUGCUUCCUGGGGCUCAUUCUAACUGUCUUUAACUGUACCAACUGUUUUUCCUGGAUGGGGCUUUUCAGUGACAGUUCAAGGAUGGUAUGUGGGCAUGGCUUGCCUGGCAACUUCUCCUUUUCCAUCUGGAACAUUACUGUGCUGGCCACUUGCCCCUGAGAGUGGGCUGGGCUGUAGUGUCCUUGUGGUGGGCCUCAGAGCCAAAGCUGAAUGGAUAGGAUGGGAAAGGAAAGGAAGGGAGAGGAAAAGAAAAGAAAAGCACAUAGGAAGAAAAGUCAUUCAAGAGCACUCCUUAAAAUUCUUCUAUUCAACUUGGCAAUUCUAUUCCUAGGUACAUACCCCCCAAAACUGAAAGCAGAUACUGAAAAAUAUACAUAGCUGCACUAUUCACAAUAGCUAAAGGUGGAAACAAGCCAAAUGCUCAUCAAGGAAUGAAGAGAUAAACAAAAAUAGUAUAUUCAUGCUAUGGAAUAUUACUAAUUCAUAAAAAGGAAUGAAGUGUUUUGUUUAAGCAACAAACUUAUUUCUUACAGUUCUGGACUCUGGGAAGUCCACUUCCAAGGUGUACAGUUUAUGUGUCUGUUGAUGUCCCAGUUCCUGUUGUGCAGAGGGCUGAUUUCUUCUUCUGUCUUCCAAGGGGAUCAUGGACAUUGAAGCAUAUUUUGAAAGAAUUGGUUAUAGGAACUCUAGGAAGAAAGUGGACUUGGAAACAUUAACUGACAUUCUUCAGCACCAAAUUCGAACCAUUCCCUUUGAGAACCUUAACAUCCACUGUGGGGAAGCCAUGGAAUUGGGCUUGGAGCCCAUUUUUGAUCAAGUUGUGAGGAAGAACCGUGGUGGGUGGUGUCUCCAGGUCAAUCAUCUUCUGUACUGGGCUCUGACCACAAUCGGUUUUGAGACCACAAUGUUAGGAGGGUAUGUUUACAGUACUCCAGCCAGCAAAUAUAGCAAUGCUAUGAUUCACCUUCUCCUGAAGGUGACUACUGAUGGCAGGAAUUACAUAGUAGAUGCUGGGUUUGGACGCUCUUACCAGAUGUGGCAGCCUCUGGAGUUAAUUUCUGGGAAGGAUCAGCCUCAGGUGCCUUGCAUCUUCCACUUGUCAGAAGACAAAGGAAUCUGGUACUUGGACCAAAUCAGAAGAGACCAGUACAUUCCAAACCAAGAGUUUCUUAAUUCUGAUCUCCUAGAAAAGAACAAAUACCGAAAAAUAUACUCCUUUACUCUUGAACCUCGAACAAUUGAAGAUUUUGAGUCUGUGAAUACAUACCUUCAGAUGUCUCCAACAUCUGUGUUUACAAGCAAGUCAUUCUGUUCCUUGCAGACCUCUGAAGGGGUUCACUGUUUAGUGGGCUGCACCCUUACCUAUAGGAAAUUCAAUUUUAAGGAUAAUAUGGAUUUGAUAGAGUUUAAAAUACUGAAUGAGGAAGAAGUAGAAGAAAAGCUGAAAAAUAUAUUUAAUAUUUCCUUGGAGAGAAAACUUGUGCCCAAACAUGGUGAUCAGUUUUUUACCAUUUAGUAUAAGGAGCAAAAAUGGUCCUCAGUAUUACCUCAUGUACUGAAACUUUUUAUUAUAAAAAUUUUUAAACAUAUAUUAGAGACAAUAAAAAAGUAAAUGUCUGUAUCACCCAAUUUAUCAGUUAUCAGCUACCAUAUUUCCCCAAUACUCACAUUAUAAUGAGGAAAAUUUUACCCUUAAAAAUGUCAGCAUUUAACAUAUUAAGCUGUAGUCAUCAAGACAGUAUGGUCAGACACAUAAAUCAAUGGAACAGAAUAGAGAACCCAGAAAUGGAUCCACAACUAUAUAGUCAACUAACCUUCAAUAGAGCAGGAAAGAACAUCCAAUGGAAAAAAACCAGUCUCUUCAACAAAUGGUGUUGGGAAAACUGGACAGCCACAUGCACAAAAUGAAACUGGACCACUUUCUUAGACCAUACACAAAAAAUAAAUUCAAAAGACCUAAAUGUGAGACAGGAAACCAUCAAAAUCCUAGAGGAGAACACAGACAGAAACCUCUUUGACCUCAGCUGCAGCAAGUUCUUACUAGACACGUCACCAGAGGCAAGGGAAACAAAAGCAAAAAUAAACAAUUGGGACUUCAUCAAAAUAAAAAGCUUCUGCACAGUGAAGGAGACAAUAAAACUAAAAGGCAGCCCAUGGAAUGGGAGAAGAUAUUUGCAAACAACAUAUCAGAUAAGGGUUAAUAUCAAAAUCUAUAAAGAAUUUAUCAAACUCAACACCCCCAAAAACAAAUAAUCCAGUUAAGAAAUAUGUGGAAGACAUGAAUAGACACUUCUCCAAAGAAGACAUACAAAUGGUUAACAGACACAUGAAAAAAUGCUCAACAUCACUCAUCAUCAGGGAAAUAAAAAUCAAAACUACAGUGAGUUAUCACCUCACUUACCAGAAUGGCUAAAAUUAACAACAAAGAAAAACACAGGUGUUGGUGAGGCUAUGGAGAAAGGGGAACACUCUUGCACUGUUGGUGGAAAUGAAAACUGGUGUAGCCAUGCUGGGGAACAGUUUGGAGGUUCCUCAAAAAGUUAAAAAUAAAACUCCCUACAAUUCAGCAAUUGCACUCUCAGGUAUUUACCAAAAAGAUACAAAAAUACAGAUUCUAAGGUGGUACAUGCACCCCAAUGUUUAUAGCAACAUUAUUCAACAAUAGCCAAACUAUGGAGAGAGCCCACAUGUCCAUCAACUGAUGAAUGGAUAUAGAAGAGGAUAUAUAUAUGGAAUAUUACUCAGCCAUCAGAAAGAAUGAAAUCUUGCCAUUUGCAAUGAUGUAGAUGGACUAGAGUGUAUUAUGCCACAUGAAAUAAGUCAGAGAAAGAAAAAUACCAUAUGGUCUCACUCAUAUGUGGAAUUUAAGAAAGAAAACAGAUGAACAUAUGGGACAUGGGAAAAGAAGAAAAGGGGAGAGGGAAACAAGCCAUAAGUGACUCGUAACAAUAGAGAACAAACUGAGGGUUGAUGGAGGGAGGUGGGUGGUGGAUGGGCCAGAUGGAUAAUGGGUAAUAAAGAAGGCACUUGUUGAGGUACAUGGGCAACUCAGUCAGUUAAGUGUUUGCCUUCAACUCAGGUCAUGCUCCCAGGGUCUUGGGAUCAAACCCCACAAUGGGCUCCCUGCUCAAUGGGGAGUCUCCUUCUCUCUCUCCCUCUGCCCCUGCCCCUGCUCCAUCUCACACUCUAUCUCAAAUAAUAAAUAAAUAAAUAAAUAAAUAAAUAAAUAAAUAAAUAAAUAAAUAAAAUCUUUAAAAAGAAAAAAGAAGACACUUGUGAUGAGCACUGGGGAUUGUAUGUAAGUGAUGAAUUACUGAAUUCUAUUCCAGAAACCAAUAAUGUACUAUAUGUUAACUAACUAAAUUAAAAAAGAAACAGGAUAAAAUCAGAAUGUAGAAAAAAUAAUUAUGGAAGAGAGGCAAUUUGGUGGAAGAGUAGGGGACCUCAUUUCAUCUGGUCCUCUGAAUUUAGCUAGAUAACUAUCAAAUCACUCUGAACACCUAUGAAUUCAACCUGAGAUAUAAUAAAAGAAUUGCUGGAAUUCUAUAAAUAGAAAAGUGACCACUUUUUGCAGGGUAGGAGUGUGGAGAAAUGAAAUGGAGGGGACAUAUCGGAGGAUAAACGGCAGAGGGGAGGGAGCCUCUGUAAGCCGGCUACCAGAAAGUGAUAUAG